GUCUGAACCCAGGCUGCAGUGUCUACCCGGCCCGUCAGACUGGGCUGCUGCACUCAGACAGGGAAUGUUGUACCCCGCCAGUUGAGUGUUGUCUCUACUAGUGGAUUCAGACACGCUGCGGUAUUUAGACAGACCUGGAGAACCUACAGUAUGCGAACCUAAACCUGGAUGUCGUAAGGACUCCGGGUCUUAUCAGCAAGUGUGUAAACAAUUAUGAUUUUUAUUAAUUUGUGAGUCUAGACUAAAGUUAAACAUGUCUGAUCCAGGAGGAGGUGUUGGAGCUGCUUUACAGGCGCACACGGUUCAGUCAUCUGCACAGAUGAGGCAGGUUCUAGCUGCUUAUGUAAGAAACGCGCAUACGUUGACAGGACCAUCUAGACUUGAAGAACAGAUAGGGACAGGGAAGUACAAGUUAGCUAGUGAUGUAGUUCUCCAUCGUGUCGGUGGUCCUGUUGAUCCAACCAGUCCUGGAUCCUACCGACGAGAUGUUGGAUACAACGGACAGAACUUUGAUCUCAACAAGCAGAUCUGGCUCCACCGCGAGAAGUUCAUGAGGCAAUUCCAGGAGCAACAGAUCCUGUCGGAGAAGGAGAAGCUCCGAGAUAGACAGUAUCGCCCUGCUCCUCCGUCACAUGAACGUACAACCCAUCUUUCAGGAGAAAAGAUUCGUCUCCUUAGAGAGAGUCAGAAGGAAGCGGAGAAGCUGAGACAGGAGAAGAGAGUUAAGGAUGAGUUAAUGAAGGAUAAUAAACAACAUGUGAAAUCUGCAUUUAAACCUCCUUCCCUCCCACCUGUCUCCUGUGUACCUAUAAUGUCCUCUAGUGAUAAAAGUUGGUCGGAGCUAGAAGAAACUCUAGUGGACGGAGAGAGGAUAUCUUGCUUUAAUGUUGGCGGAGAACCACGUCUCUGUCUGCCCCAGAUUUUAAACAGUGUCCUGGAGAGAUUAAGUUUGAAAGAUAUAAACCAGGCCUGUGAAGAACUGCAGAUAUACUGCGCCACCUGCUCACCUGACCAGCUUCAAGUUCUCAAGGAUUCUAAGGUUCUUCCUGAGACCGCAUACCAGUGUGGACUUAUUACUAAAUCUGAUGCAGAACGUCUUUGCAGCUUUCUCCUUGAGCGAAACCCUCCCAGAGCUUCCAUACGACUCGGAGAUCCUAAAACCUCUCCGUUCUCCUUCAAGGUUGAACAUGAUUGUUUUGGUAGAUGUGAAGGUAUUGUUUUACCUGAAGCAUAUACAGGCCCUACUGCCAGGUGUAUUGAGUGUUUAAUAUGCCAGGGAUUGUUUUCUCCCCAAAAGUUUGUGAUCCAUGCUCAUGAUAACACGGAGAAUAGAACUUGCCAUUGGGGGUUCAGCUCCGACCAUUGGAGAGUCUAUCUCCGUCUCUCCGAUUCCUACUCGGAGGAGGAGAAGGAGCGUCAUGUCAAGGUUCUGGAUGAUUUUAAGCUCCGAUACCUACCAAGCAACGGGAUCAAACGACAACAGGAGGAGGAUCAUUAUGAGAUACCGGAGAUAUUUUCACAUUCCAAGAGAACAAAGCUAGAGGAGAGUCCAGCUCCCAACCCUGGAGAUCCCUACACCCUGAACACAUACCUGGGACUUCCUUCCUUCCGACCUUGGUCCCCAGGGAAGGGUUCAGCUCCACCCUAUCCGUUCCCUCCACAACACUAUAGAUCAGUUUCAAAGGAGAAAAUUCCCGAACCACCGAAGUUUGCUUCCUAUCAAACUCCAAACCCCGGAGAGAGGUAUAAAAACCUGAGUCCUCAAUCCGUUCUACCAAAGAAGAAAUAUCUGGAGAAAGAAAACGAACGGUUUCCAACCUUGGCAGACGAGAUCUCUACCAUUAAGGAAGCACUGGACGGAGCUCCGGUCCACGCCAAGGAGGCAGUUCUGAAAAUUUUGGAGCGGUUGACCGCCAGGGUUGACCGAGCAGAGCGGGACCGUGAUCUAGCGGUCACUAGAUUCAGAGAACUCAACAUUAAAUAUGAAACCCUGGAAGAUGAACUAGCAAAGAAGCGAGGAGAGCUGAGAGAACUACUCCGACAGGUUGAUUGUAAACCGGAGAGAGAUGAAGAAUCCAGGAACUCUAAACCUAUUCUGGAGAGCAAGGACGAGGAUUGUGACGCAAGGAGUGAAAGAUCUAGUGAGAGCAGUGCCAGCAAGGCGGACAGCUAUUCUAAAUCUGGAUUACCGAAGAUUGAGUUGAAAUCUCCCGCCAAAAUUCUGGAAGAAAUCUCUUCUCCGCACUCCAGCUCGGUCUCGGCGGGCUCCGAGGACAGAGAUAGUGACAUCAUCAACCAACCUAGCAAGGAACCAGAGAAUCUAAAGGAAAGGAUGAUUAAAAUGGAAGCAGAACUAACGGCUCUCAGAGAAGAACUCUCAAUCCGAUCUCGUCCCAACCAGGGAUUGCACGCAAAAUCUCCGAUACCCGUCUCUCUCACCUACACCACGCGUAAGUUGGGUUCGAACGGAGAUAACUCAAAUUCUCCGACACCCAGCCCCCCUUCUCCCGGGGUAACACUCCCGGUUGACUAACAGAGGGUUGAUUCCCCUGAAACUCCUUUUAUGAUUGAAACGUAAACAGUUUUAGAGCUAACCCCUGCUAAGAACGUAAAACCCAGUGCAAAAUAUAGUCUUUGCUAGA